CGAUUCUUUGAAAAUAACCAUCACUAACGCACAACAAGUAAACAAGCUUAAAUACACAUUUACAUCAAAACCGGCCGAGUCGCUCUUGACGGAUUAGGCGGAGUUUGUCGGAAUAUGACGUAAAAAAACAACUACACCAGAAUUUAAAUAUACAGGAAGUGACGUAAGACGCGGCGCCGCAUUUAAACUUGUUUUCAAGCCGGAAGCGUGACAACAGCAGACCGUUUGUGUUAUUGGGCGAUGUUGUGCUUUAAUUUACUACAAAUCUGAACUAAACUCCACACUCGGAAGUCAGGGAACAAUAAAGCAAUGGCAAAUAAAGCAGCCAAGGAAUCUUUUGCAAAUAAACUGGGAUUUAAAAGCAGUGGCUCCAAAGCUGUAGAAGCCGAGCUUGAAAAACUUAAGAAGGAAAAUGGACAGUUGAAGAAGUCUUUGGAUGAAAUGAGACGAAAUGGAAGGAAUCAUCCCACACGUCAGGAUUCGGAUAAAUCCAAGCUGUUGGAGAGAAUUUUGUCCCUGGAGACGCUGAGGGAGAGGAACACACAGCAGCUGCUGGCUAAGGAGAAGGAGAUCUCAGUGCUGAGGCAGCAGCUCCAGGCUGAAUGUGGAGAGGUGGUGGCGUCGCUGCAGAACCAACUGGAUCAGAAAAGGCAGGAGUUAGAACAGAGAGAGAAACUCUUUCAAAACCUUUCACUGGAGACUGAGGACCUGAAAAACAAGUUGCUGGUCGUCACUGAGAAGUUUCAAUCGCUCGAAAAACGCGGUACUGACACGCAGGUUCCUUCAGGUGAGCUCGUCGUGGUCCAGGAGCAACUGCGAGAUGCUCUGGAAAAAAAUCAGCACUGGCUUGUUUAUGACCAGCAAAGAGAGGCCUAUGUUCAGGGGAUUUUGGCCCGAACCGCAGAGCUCGAGCAGCAGUUAAACCAAGCCAAGCAACACCAACAGACAGAGGCUUGUUCAGAAGGUCAGUCAUCUGCCUCCAAUCAGCUGCAGGAGAUCCAGAAGGAGAUGGAGGAGGAACGAAAGACCACGAGCCGCCUACGGUCCGAGCUCCAGGAGCUUAAGGACAGGUACGAAGAGAAGAGCCGCGAGGUGGCGCGAGGCCAGGACGAGCUGCAAGAGGAGCGCCGGAGCGGCCGACAGACUCUAGCGGAGGAAAGGAAGCUGAACGUGGAACGUGUAGCCAGACUGCAAGGCGAGUUAGAGGCGGCUGACGUGAGGCUCGCCGAGGAACGGAAGAGAGCGGCCGAGCUGUUACUGCAGGUGAACUUUCUUCAGAAAUCAAUACUGACUCAGCACGAAGAUCAGAAAAAGAUGGCACUUUUAGAGCAGCAGAUCCAGAUGUCCUCCUCCAGAGACUUCGAGAAGGAGAAACUGGAACGUCAAAGUCUACAGCACCAGCUUCACAAAGUGCUAAAGGAGCUACGCAAAGCUAGAGACCAAAUCACACACUUGGAGACGAAGCAGCAGCGAGAGACUCGGUUCUCUGAGCCGAGCUCGUACGCCAGGCCGGAUGUGGAUAAGCUGACCAUUCGGGACUGCAUACUCAACCCCACGUCUCCAUUAAAAAGCUCCAACGCAUUGGACGAGAGCUUUCUGGAGUGUCCCAGCUGCAGGGCUUCAUAUCCUACAAGCCAGCACAGAGAGCUCCUCGCACAUAUCGACUACUGCUUUCGUUAAAAAAACAACAACCUAAUAAUAAAAAAAUAACGAUAGGAAUGUCAUGAUUAAGUAAUAUCAUGCUUUAUUUUUUAAAUGAAUUUUCCCUAUAUUAUAAUCUUUUAUUUUUGUAUUCCAAUGAAAUGUAUUUUUCGGGUUAGCUGACGGCGUGUGCGUGUCACAGGGAUUCGCUUUCCCUUGUUUUGGCUCAUAUUUAAGGUAGAUCUUCUCUAAAUUUAAGUUACUACUUAUGGGGUUAUUCAAUAAUGCACCUUUUUUAUAAAUAUGUUAAAAUGACAUUGUCUUUUUACCUUUUAAGUAAAUUAUUUCGUAAAGCUUU